AUGGUCGGGAAGCGACCGCUGGUUCCCGCGACAGCCAAGUACGCGAGCAGCUUGGGCCUCACCAAGGCAGCGACGCCGCUCGACAAGAUCAGCGCACGCAAGGUCGUGCGCCGGGCGCAGAGCAAGGUCAACCAGCGCCGGUACCGCGCCGAGCAACGCCAAGCAUUUGACGCGCUUGAAGGCGAGGUCCAGGAGCUCACCAACCAAGUCGCUCGGUACGAAGGCCAAGUCGAGGCGCUGCGCUCGGCCGUCCGUCUCCGCGAGCCCGAGCUCAAGACGGCGCUCGAGUACUUCAACUUGUUUCAUGACGGCUUCCAAGUCAACGCGCCGUCCGUCGCGCAGGUCCAGCGGGACUUUCUCUCGGGCGUCAUGGCCCCGAACCUCAUUUUUAUGGGCCAGAAUGGCAUUGCCAAGCUCUUUGAGCAGUGGACGCUGUACCACACGCUCUUCCACUCGUUCACGAUGGAGUGUCCGUCCUUGGAAAUCGUCCACCUCGACGCUGGCGCUUCGGUCGUGCGCGCGCCAGCCGUGCUCUAUUUGCGCCUCUCGCGCUUCUCGAUCGAGACCUUGUACCCACAUGUGCUACGCUCGGAAGCACUCGUGCAGCAAAUGGUGGGCCGCGUGCUACGCAUGCCUGUGCUCUGCCAAUUCCACUUUGACGGCCACGGCAUCGUAACGCGCUUCGAUACCUUUGCCGACGUCACGGUCGGCUUGACUGAAAUGCUCGAGAGCUUUGAAGACGCGCUCACGGUGCUGGACGGCGUCCGUAUCACGGCCGAGGCCGAGCUCCAAGCUCCGAGCGAGCACGCUUGCUAG